AUGCUAUCAAAUUCCUCCAGCCAAGACACCUCCUAUUUGACUGGCUAUGGUAUUAUCAACUCGGAUGGCGAGUUGUGGAAGACACAACGUAAAGCCGGGCUGAAGUUUUUCACUGGUGCAAAUCUAGACACUCUGAUUGAGGAUGUUCUGCCUAAUGCGUAUAUGGAGAUACGGGCAGUCUUGCUAGGAUUUGCAGGCUCCGGACAGUCGCUAGAUCUGGAAGCCACGCUCCUCGACUUGACAACAGCAGUGGUUGGCCGCAUGGCAUAUGAUAUGAACAUCAGCGCAAGCUCCCCGUUCAGUCGCGCCUUCGACUACGCUUCAGAUCGAACUGGUCGCCGCUUCCAGAAUCCUCUUUACUUGAUCACCGAGCUCUUCGUAGGCUCUAAAUUCCGCUCUUCCCUUGCUGAAGUCAAGAAAUUUGGCCGGGAAAUUGUUUGGAAUGCCAAAGUAAAUCGAGACAAACGAAAACCAGAAGCGUCUGUUUCCGGCUUUGGAAGCCUCGUCAUUUCCCUGAUGGACGCUUUCGAUGACGAUCCAAACCUCACUGCCGAUGCAGCACUGAACUUCCUCUCUGCAGGCCGUGACACAACAGCUCAAUCUCUGACCUGGACUUUCUAUUCCCUAAUGCGUCAUCCUUCAGCCCUAGCAAUUCUUCGCAAGGAAGCGGACUCAACAUUUGCUCAACGCCCCCCAGAUCACAAAUCUGGCAAAGAAGAGCAUUCAAAUACUCUCCUCAAAUUGAGCGUCGCAGACCUUCAGCCCACAAAUCUGCCUCACGCGAUGUCCAUAUUCAACGAAUCUCUGCGCCUCUAUCCACCUGUCCCCUUCGAAAUCAAACAAUGCCAAGUCGAUACCACGCUCCCGGACGGGACAUUUCUGCCCAAGGGAAGUAUCAUCGUUUGGUGCAUUUGGGCCAUGAAUCGCUCGCCGGCUGCAUGGGGAGAUGAUGCCGACAGCUUUCGUCCCGAGCGAUGGCUCAGCAACCCUGCUACCUCCAAGGAUGGACAUGAUAAAACAGCGAAGCUGAUCACCAAGUCCGCAUUCGAGUUCCCCGUCUUCAACGGCGGGCCUCGGUCCUGCUUAGGGAAGAAAAUGGCCGAGCUGAUGGCUUGUUGGGUCCUUGUUCAGAUGUGGAGGGAGUUUGACUUUGAAGAGAUCACCGGCACACAAGGGGCGGAGAAGGAGAGAAGGAGUAAGAACAGUCUCACGUUGCCAAUGGAGGGUGGUUUGCCAUGUUAUGUUAGGCUAAGAGCAAGAGGAAGAGAGGAGGAGAAGUAA